AUGGUUCUACUCAAGCGCAAUGUUGAUUUCUCCCACGACGAGGCGGUAUCCGCCGCAGUGCCAAUCCCCUUCCCCUGCCCGUGGGGAGCAAGCAACAAAGCGAAGAGUGAUGCAGUCAUCGAGUACCUGCGCGCCCUCAAGGCCCGCGCAGUCGUCGCCUCUCCGCCGCAACUCUCCUCCCUCCGCAUACUACCGCCGCCGAAUUCCGCCCCGCUCCUAGGCCUGCGCUCGGGCCACAUCUCCAGCGCGGACAAGAACCUGGUCGCCCUCUACGCCGGAGGGUACCACCCUGGCGCCGAUACGAUUGCGGAGAUGGGAGCCUAUCUCAUCUACGACGCCAGGGAUGGCUCCCUCUCCGUCAUCCCCCCUAUCCCCUCCGACGACGAGUAUCUGGCCAUGGGGCACCAGUCGGCCGUCGUCAUGUGCGACGCCACCGGGACCGGGGGUGGCUACCUUCUUGCCGAGCUCGUCUGGGUCAUGCCAGGGUUCUCCCGAGCCGCCGUCUGGCUGUGGGAGUCGUCUGCCAAAGAAUGGGUCUUGAAGCCCGGCUGCCUGCCCCUUCCACCCGACAUCGCCAUGGAUUUCUCCAUUCACUCGUGCUUCUCUUAUCGGGGCUCUACCUUCUGCUGGGUAGAUCUCCACCAAGGCAUGGUGCUCUGUGAUCUGCACCAAGGCUGCAAGUUCAGCUUCAUUGAGUUGCCCCAAGGACGUCCAAACUAUGAUGCCUCCGAACAUCCAGACGGCCUCUGCGCUGAGGAGUUCCGUUCCGUGGCCUGUGUUCGUGGCUCCAUCAAGUUCCUUGCCUUCAAUAAAUUUGUUGAACGCAAGCCCGGCGAAGAAUAUGGACUGACCGUCUGGACUCUCUACCCUGACCACUCAGGGUGGAGCAUAAGCUACCAGUGCAGGGUCCGAGACAUCUGGGCAAACGCCAACUACCAGUCUGCUGGUUUGGGACAGCUUGGUCCGUCGUUCCCUGUCCUGAGCAUCCAUCAAGACAGCGUCGUCUACCUAGUCGUAAACGAUGCCCGUGUGGUGGGGAAGGACCGUCGACUAGUGCACAAGGCCCAGUAUUUGCUUCGUGUCGACAUGGGGAAUAACAACGAUGUCCAGGUCUAUCAACAGAAGACGACACAUAUUUAUUCCCAGCUCUUUGCAAGUGAGUUCAGUGCGCACCAACGACAGGAUCACCCGAGAGAGAUAGAAGCAAGCGAGUUUGGUGCAAGUGGAAAGAAGACGAAGGCCUGA